UUGGACACUCUUAAGGGUAACUCUUAAGAUGUCAUUGGAUUAGCUGUUGAGCAUCUGCCUUCGGCCAUUUCCAGUCGCACACCAACACCUUGAGAGCCGAACCUGAUUUACAGGACUCUCGAGGGAGCUGUCUUCAUGGUGCGGUUUCAUAACUUCAUUCUUUAUGAUGAAGAUUGUAAGGAUAUUACAUCUGCCACUGCUUUUUGUGUUUGUACACCCCUGCCUCGCUCAUGCCGACUUUGCCCCUCAUUUCUACGACAAUGGACCCUACAUCUACAAUGGGAACCUGGCCCUGUUUAGCCUCUCAGAGGAUACAGCUGUUGGUACACAGAUCUAUUGUCUCAAUGGCACGGACCCCGAGGGGCAGGAUGUGAGGUAUGGUCUUUCCUUUGACCCGGGGUCUAAAGAAUACUUCAGGAUUGACCCCAAAUCCGGAAACAUCACAUUGGUGGAACAGCUGGAUAGAGAAAAAGAAGAUUCUAUUGAUGUUCUAGUUAGCAUCACAGACGGGCAAAGCAGGGUAGUGGAAAGAGUCACAGUAUUUGUAAUGGAUGCAAACGAUGAAAAACCUGAAUUUCAAAACAUGCCAGCAAUAAUUGACGUCCUGGAAACAACUGAGUCUGGCAUCAGCAUCUACAAAGUAGAAGCAGUGGACAAAGACACCGGCUCAGGAGGCUCAGUCACCUACUUCCUUCAGAAUCCCCAGUUCACUUUGUUCGCCAUUGACAGACAUAGUGGUGUCCUCCGUGUCAGAUCUGGGGAAACGUUGGACUAUGAAAAGACAAAGACACACUUUGUCACUGUCAUUGCAAAGGAUGGUGGGGGUAAUUAUAAUGGCAAGGAGCAGUUCAUGUCGUCUUCUGCUACCCUGACGAUCAAUGUGAUCGAUGCACAGGACACGCCGCCAUCUUUUAUCGGGACACCGUAUUUCGGCUACGUUUAUGAAAUCUCAGAGCCAGGAUCUGAAAUAUUCACUGUUCUUGCCAAAGAUGGCGAUGUGGGAAACUCAAAUCCAAUCAGCUAUUCCUUUGAGGAUGGUGACGACGGUGUUUUUAGCAUAAAUAAAACAACUGGUUGUAUCACACUACUGACUCCCUCCAAGUAUCUGAAGAGAGAAAUCUUUAACAUUAAAGUCAAGGCCUCUGAAGUAAGUCCUGAAGGCAGACUCAUGGACUAUGGGGUGACCACGGUGGUGAUCCGUGUGGUGGACCUGAACAAUAAUCCCCCCACUUUCUACGGAGAGAACGGCCCUCAGAACAUGUUUGAGUUGACCAUGUAUGAGCAUCCGCCCGAGGGCGAGAUACUGCGGGGGCUGAAAAUUACUGUCAACGACUCCGAUCAGGGUGCGAAUGCUAAAUUUAACCUUAGACUGAUUGGACCGGGAAGGAUGCUGCGGGUCGUCCCGCAGACUGUCCUCAAUGACGCCCAGGUCACGAUCUUAGUAGAAGACUCUGCUGCCAUGGACUACGAGAAAUACCACUUCCUCACAUACAAGCUACUUGCAGUUGAGAUCGAUACGCCGGAGAGAUUCAGUGCCACAGCGGACAUCGUCAUUCAUCUCCUGGACACAAACGAUAAUGCUCCUAAAUUCUCCUCCGAUUACUACAUCGCCAGAAUUCCAGAAAACUCACCCGGUGGCUCCAAUGUGGUGUCUGUGACGGCAACAGACCCUGACUCAGGACUUUGGGGAGAUGUGAAGUACUCCAUCUAUGGAUCAGGGGCUGACUUGUUCCUGAUCCAGCCUACAUCUGGGAUCAUCUACACACAGCCGUGGGCGAGCCUAGAUGCGGAGGUGAAGUCCAAGUAUAACUUCUAUGUAAAGGCAGAGGACGCGGAAGGGAAGUACAGCCUGGCUGAGGUCUUUGUGACUGUGUUGGACCUGAAUGACCACCCGCCCGCAUUCAAUGACAACUUCCUGGAGAAGACGAUGGUGAUUGGAGCGCCAGUGAAAAUAGAGGCUGUAGACGAGGAUGCAGAAGUGCCAAACAACGUUAUCGAGUACGCCAUCAUGAAAGCCGAGCCGGACAACAACAUCUUCGAUAUCGACACCGACACGGGGGAGAUCGUGCUCAAGUCCUACAUCAAGUCCAUGGCCAUCAUUCAGAACAUCACCAAGCAGAGGGACUGCACCUGGUCGCUGGUGGUGCAGGCCCGGGACCGCGGCCAGCCGUCCUUCAGCACCACUGCGGUCAUCAAGAUCGACAUCACUGAAGCCACCCAACUCAGUGGGGGGCCUUUGGGAUCAUUUUUGAUGCACAAUAGAAACAAGCCUUUGCAAAUCCUAGGCAUGCUUGCUGGUUUCAUUAGUCUCAUGGUCGUAGUCACAGUCAUCAUCUCCACUGCGACAUUCAUGCGCAACAAAAAGUCCAACCGGAUCCUGCCUAACCGUCGCGUGAGGAGGAGACAACCAACGCAGCCCUGGAACAUCAGAAACCCCUUCAAGGUCCUAGAAACCCCCGGAGAGAAAUUCAGAGUGCAAGAGGAAGUGCCGGAGGUCGUCGUGGAGAACGUCAACUAUAACAACAAUGUGAGCGAUGUGGUGAGGCAGUGGCCUCCGCCCCCUCGCGCCCCAUCUCUGCCCCCUCCGCCACCCGCUUACAUCCCGGGGGAGAGGCAGUGGGCGGUACCGACCAUCUCAGCGACCGUGGCCCCCAAACCGAGAAAGAAGGCGUACAUGAACAGACGGGACACCGUGAACUCAGCGCUGGUCUCAGAGCUCAAGAUGAGACUGGAGCAGAAGAGGAUGCUGAAACAUUGAUAUUGCUCAACAAAAAUGUUUAAGUAGAAUUUAUUAGCUGUCUUUGAACGACUUUUAUUGGGAGAUUCAAUCUGCCCUGUUGCCAUGACAAUGAGAAUGUUUCCAACUGGACAUUUUGUCCCAGAGCUUGAAGGUCUCUUCGUCGACAAAAUCUAGAAGCUCUGGAAGAGAUGCUAAAUGGACCUUGAGACUGUUUUUUCGACAGAUCUUUUCAAGGUCAAGAAUGAACUGUGUGUGUGUGUGUGUGUGUGUGUGUGUGUGUGUGUGUGUGUGUGUGUGUGUGUGUGUGUGUGUGUGUGUGUGUGUGUGUGCGUGUGCGUGUGUUUGUAUCUGCGGAUGUGAGUGAGUGUGUGUUUUCAGUAAGAUGAAAUACACUGAAACAGCUUAAAUCCUAGUGUAUCAACAAUGUGAUUUUGUGUGUUGCCUGUUUCAAAAAAGUCAUCCAUCACCAUAAAUUGUUUUCUUUUCAGUCUCUGUGUCAUUCCGGGGCGGAUAAAUCUCACCUUUUGAACCAUUUGUUGACACACUGGUGGCUUAAAGUUCCUCACCCUUCCUAUCUCAUGUCGGGAAGGAAGUCAUUCAGAUUCCAACAAGCACGACUGUUUAUUUGGGAUCCAACCAAGCUCCUUACGAGAGAUUUCAUGACAGUUGAAUUAACUAAAGGGAUCAGCCGUGGGGUUGUGAACCAAAGUGGUCGUGCUAGGAAGAUCUUUAAUCCUUCUGCACAGGUGUAACUGCACUGUUUAGACUCCUGUUGUACAGCCGCCAUGAUACUUUUAUUUUACGAUUGAAAGGGCUGCAUCCAAUUUG